AUGAUGGCCCUUCUGUGCCAGACACUGACAGCGGCGGUGCAGGGAGGGACUGAGGCUGCUUCCAGAUGGCAGCAGCCUACUAAAAUGAUGGCGGAGGAUCGCCCGGAGGCAUACCUUCGCCUGUUUGAAGCUCUGGCGGAGGCCAAUCAGUGGCCCCAGGACCAGUGGGCGAGCUACCUUCUGCCGCAGUUAACCGGGGAGGCGCAAGCUGCUGACCAAACUCUGUCAGCGGAGGAGAUGAGGAACUAUAUAACCCCAAAAACGGCUAUUCUCAAUAGAGUCGGAGCCACCCCUGAAAGGUACCGACGGAGACUCCGGGAGGGGAAGUUAGGGGAGAUGGAACAUCCCCGUACACUGGCCCACCGUCUCCGCGAUUAUGCCGUGGGAUGGCUGGACCCUGCCACCAACUCCAAGGAUCGGGUUGUGGAGUUGGUGGUGCUGGAGCAGUUCCUGGAGGCUUUGGGACCGGUCCUGGGACUGUGGGUACAGAGACAGGGACCCGGAACCCUGAAUGAGGCAGUCACCAUGGCUGAGAGAUACCAGGCAGCUGAGCCCGCUCCUAGCACUGCACCCUACAAAUCCGCUGCCUCGGCACCAGCACUCCACAAUGCCCCUGAGAGGGUGAAGGGACUCGGGGGGGCGGGACGGCAGCCAUUUAGACGGGCUGUGGCUGCGGGAGCUCCCAGUCCGGGAAUUGGGACGGGGUGGGCGGCCCCACGGCCGAUCGCAGUGUCGGGCCGGGGUCUCGGGCGGCCACAACAUCGUCGGAGCCCUUUGAUUGCUCCUGUCUUUCAACCUCCGGCAGAGGCUUCAGGGAGAGAAAGCAGCCAACCGAGGUGUUGGAUGUGCCACGACCUGGGUCACCUGGCUCGCGACUGCCCCGCCAUGGAGCGUGACCUCACUGGGUCAGAGUCUAAUGUCUGCAGUUUUGUGAUUUCAGGACAUAGAGCAGUGCGGUUAAGUGGUGGCAGCAACCUCUGCUUUGGGAGAGUUGAAGUAGUGCAUGGGCAGAGCUGGGGAACGGUCUGUGAUGCUGACUUUGACUGGCAGGAUGCAGAGGUUGUCUGUCGGGAGCUGCAGUGUGGAAUUCCUCAAAAGGUGCUGGGGGCUGCUCAUUUCAAGGAGGGGAAUGGUACACUUUGGUCGGAGGAGAUCCAGUGCUUUGGAAACGAAUCCCGGCUCUAUGACUGUCGCACUACAGACACGAAGAAGCAGAGCUGCACACACAGGAACGACGUGGGCCUUGUCUGUUUCGGGUACACUGAGUACAGGCUGGUGGGUGGCCCGGACUCCUGUUCUGGUCGAGUGGAGCUGCAGUACGAUGGUCAGUGGGGGACGGUCUGCGAUCGCUAUUGGGAUCUACAGGACGCCACAGUUCUCUGCAAGCAGUUGAAUUGUGGGUACGCUGUAUCAGUCCCGGGGCAGGCCUGGUUUGGUGAAGGCAGCGGUGAUGUACGGGCUGAUAUAUUCGACUGUGAUGGCAGUGAGACACACAUAUCAAAUUGCUCCAUCUCUGCAUGGGGACAAGGUGCCUGCCCUCAUAGCAAUGAUGCAGGAGUGAAUUGUUCAGGUCCAUUGCUACCAGCACAAGCAGGUCGAGUCGGGCCUCUACCAAGUAAAUGCAACACCAGUAAUGAAGGGACCACGCUCUGCUCAGCUGCAGUGAUUGUGUUAUUGAUGUGUGCUUGUGAUUCUGUCCCCCUAGAUCACACGGCCCUCAGGCUGGUUGGUGGAGGAGGUGCCUGCGCUGGGAGGGUGGAGGUUUAUCACAACGGCUCCUGGGGGACGGUCUGCGAUGACUCCUGGGACCUGGCAGAUGCUGAGGUGGUGUGUAAGCAGCUCCAGUGUGGGACGGUACUCAACGCCUCAGUGUCAGCCUCCUUCGGCCAGGGGACCGGACCCAUCUGGCUGGACGAGCUGCGCUGUCAGGGGAACGAAUCGACUCUGUGGGAGUGUGACUCAGGAGGGUGGGGGCAACACAACUGCAGACACAAGGAGGACGCGGGAGUCGUGUGUUCAGAGUUCAAGGAUCUUAGACUGGCUGAAGGCUGCUCUGGACCAAUAGAGGUUCUCUACAAUGGCACCUGGCGUAGUGUCUGCAGCAACAGAAUGACACAGAUUACAGCUUCAGUGAUAUGUCAGCAGCUGAACUGUGGAGAAAGUGUUGCCAUUAGAGAUGCACAAUCCAGGCUGAGUUCUGUUUACAAAUGGCUUGAUGAAGUGAACUGCCGAAGACACGACUCUACACUGUGGCAGUGUCCAUCCUUACCCUGGGGUCAGACAAAUUGCUUUAACAAUGAGGUGGCUGCGAUUGAGUGCACAGUGAAAGAGAAGCCGCCUGUCACCAGCAUACCCAAGUCAUGCUCUGAAGACCUCACUCAAGAGCACUGCACAGAGCCAGCAGAGCUGAGGCUAGCUGGAAGCUCAAGUCCCUGCUCCGGACGGGUGGAGGUGCGGUUUGAGGGGUCCUGGGGGACAGUCUGCGGUGACUCCUGGGACCUGAAGGACGCCCAGGUGGUCUGCAGACAACUAGGCUGUGGGGCAGCAGAGAGCACAGGGGGGGGUGAGGCUACGUUUGGACAAGGGAACGGCACUAUCUGGCUGGACGAGGUGAACUGCAGGGGCAGCGAGAUGCACCUGUGGGACUGCCGGCACUCUCCACUGAGACACAAUGACUGCGACCACAAAGAGGACGCAUGGGUUACCUGUGCAGAAGCCUCUCCAUCCAGGCUGCAGCCACAGAGAGACAUGACCAUCCCAGUGACAGCCUGCAUCGUGCUGGGAGCUCUGCUCUUUGUGGUGUUGGUCCUGUUAGCCGGGCAGCUGCAGCACAACAGGAUGCUUCGGAGAGGUAGGGAACAAAUCCCUUUAAAGAGACGCGAGCUCAGGAAGGUGACACACUCAGGUCCUAGUGCGCUGUUCUAG